AUGGCGCAAGGCAGCGGGUACCUGAAGAAGGGCAAGAAGGCCAUCAAGAACAGCGGCUCGAAGCCAUCCAAGAAGGCCGUGAGUUACUCGCACAAGAAGUCGGCAGCGAAGUUCACCAAGAAAGGCAACCCGACAACGGAGAUCCGUCGAGGCUGCAGCGGCAUGAAGAACCACGGCAGCAAAGCCAUCACAGGCUUCAUUAACCAGAACCUUGAGAACAUCAUGGCUAGCCGCGUGCUGCAGGCCGGUACCCAAUUGGCUCUGGCCGAUGUCAAGGCACAUGGGAAGGAGCGUCUCAAGGAGAUCAACCAGCACGCGCGCACGAAAAAGAAGAGCCGUGUGGCACAGAAGCUAGCAGCACUGGAGCGCUCGAUCAAUGAUCAGGAGGAGGGCAGUACGAAACGCAAACGUCCAACGGCUGCGGCCGUCGUGUCGCAUUCAUCAACAUAG